AUGGCGAAUGAAAUAGACAAAACGACCGAGAAACUUCUGGCUGAAUCAUCUUCAGAGCAUGCAGAAGUGACUGCCACAAGCACAUUCGAAGCACGUGAGGCACUCGGCCAUUUCGCUGGUGCAUACGGUCCAGACGGAAUGCGAGAUAUUUUUUCAUCUGGAUAUGUCUUCGGAGCCGCCUUUCUGGCAUCGCUGGGCGGUUUCUCACUCGGAUACUGUCGACGGCACACUAAUGAGAAGGAAGCAGAUGCACGAAACAGGUGA